CUGUGAAGGAACUAGCAGCUGGGGGCGUGGCCUCACUGAGCGCACUACUGCGCCGGGUUUGAUUGACAGAUCAGUGCGAUUGUAAGUCAGCAAGGAUUCACCGCAAUGUCAAGUCCAAAAAAGAUUUGUAUCGUCGGCUCCGGCAACUGGGGCUCUGCUAUUGCAAAGAUAGUUGGUUUUAAUGCAAAGAAAAACUCAAAGUUUGACUCCGCGGUUAACAUGUGGGUGUAUGAAGAGAUGGUAAACGGACGCAAACUUUCAGAGAUCAUCAACACAGAGCACGAGAACGUCAAGUACCUGCCCGGACACAAGCUUCCAGAAAAUGUGGUUGCGGUGGCAGAUCUGCUCGAGGCUGCCAAGAACGCUGACAUUCUGCUCUUUGUAAUUCCACAUCAGUUCAUUGGGCGUGUUUGUGAUACCAUGAAAGGCAAAAUCAAACAGGAUGCACUUGGAAUGUCAUUAAUCAAGGGGGUAGAUGAAGGACCAGAUGGACUGAAGCUCAUAUCAAACGUCAUUCACGAGAAGCUCGGCAUUAAAAUGAGCGUGCUGAUGGGAGCGAACAUCGCCAACGAGGUGGCCGACGGGAAAUUUUGUGAGACUACUAUCGGUUGCAGGGAUCAGGCUCAGGGGGCGGAGCUUAAAGAACUUAUGCAGUCGGAUCACUUCCGGGUCACAGUCGUACAGGAAGCAGAUGUGGUGGAGAUCUGUGGAGCCCUGAAGAACAUUGUGGCAGUAGGAGCCGGUUUCUGUGAUGGGUUGGGCUUUGGUGACAAUACAAAGGCGGCAGUGAUCAGACUGGGUCUAAUGGAGAUGAUCAAGUUCGCUCAGAUAUUUUGCACGGCUGGCACCGUCUCCCCUGCAACAUUCCUGGAGAGUUGUGGCAUUGCUGAUCUCAUCACUACGUGCUACGGAGGACGCAAUCGCAAAGUCGCAGAAGCCUUUGCCAAGACCGGCAAGUCUCUUGAGGAGCUUGAGAAGGAAAUGUUGAACGGUCAGAAACUUCAGGGUCCGGCCACUGCCACUGAAGUCCACACAAUACUUAAAAACAAAGGCCUGGUAGAAAAGUUUCCUCUGUUUACUGCAGUGUAUGAGAUCUGUUACGAGGGUCGGCCCGUCACAGAGUUCAUCCACUCCUUGCAGAAUCAUCCAGAACAUCAAUGAUAAACGGACAGUGUUGCAGUA